UGAAGCUGCGUUCACUUACAAGAGACACUGGGCUUGAUGAAGAAGUUUGACCUAAUUUAAAUGCCGUAACACAGUGCACGUAGCUGCCCUCCCAAAGAAUCUACCAUGCCUAUCGAACUGGCCAUGUCGCUUUAUCUGUCAAGCGAUGAGUUCCUGAACCCAAGGGCAUCUAAAUACAGCAGGCCCUUGCAGCCAUGUCUAAACCAGUGUAAAAGCUCCAAACUUAGUUUUAGCUCUCUUAAGGAGCAGUCCGAGUUCAAUGGGGUCAGCAGAGCCUUGAUGAUACCUGGCAGGGCCAAAAAACAUGUCUCUUUUGCUGAUCACAAGGGCCUCGCUCUGACCGUGGUGAAGAUAUUCUCUGAAUUCGAUGACCCCAUUGACAUCCCAGACAACAUCGAUAAUUUUUUCACCUCUUCGCUGACUGUAUCAGAAGGAAAGGACAAGUUAACCCUCGAUUUUGACCAGCCAUCUGCCGAUUACUUGAAAUUCCGUCAACGAAUAGAAAAUGAUCAUGUCUGUCUCGAACACUGCAUGCUUAAGGAGAAAUCUAUAAUGGGCACAGUCAAAGUUAAGAACAUUUCCUUUGAGAAGUCUGUUAAGCUUCGCAUUACAUUUAACACUUGGAAGAACCACACAGAUGUAGAAUGCCAGUACGUAAAGGACACUUACACCGGCUCAAACCGAGACACUUUUUCAUUUGAAGCUAGUUUGCCUGAACAGGUGCCCUCACAUGAACGCAUCGAGUUCGCUAUUUGCUAUGAGGUCAAUGGUGAUACACUCUGGGAUAACAACCAAGGAAAGAAUUACAGAAUCAUUCAGUCAGCACUGAGGAAGAGUUCAAAUGAAUCUAACGGUGGGCAUCAGCAAUAUUCCCAGAGCGACUGGGACAUUCAUUUUGACCGAUAUGGCAGCCCCAGAUGCUCCCGUGGAAUUUUUCCCCAUUGGCCAAGCUAUGUUGGAUAUGAAGAUAUCGGCCCGUAUUAUUAAGAAUCUACUUUUGGCGUGGUCUAUCAUGCUCGCUUAUCCAUAAGACAUUGUAAUGAAUGCCACUUCAAAAUGACACUUUAAAAAACACAGCAGGUUUGAUGUUCUAAUCCAAGAACUUGUCGGACUCUGAAGCCAUAUAGACUCUUGAGAUAUUUAUUGUUAAUAAUGGAUUACAUUGUGCAACAAAAUGAGUCCUGUUUUUAAAAAUACUGUUCCUGGUGCGAUACUAAUGUAAUUAUGCGGGUAAAUUUGUUUAUUUCUAGUGCCUGUCAAAUGCUAGUUUUUGCGCAGGGUUGUGUAAAUAUUUGGGUUUGCGUUGACCUGUAAAAAUAAUACAAUGUUAAAUAGUGUAAGUGUCAGUGAAUCUGCAGGCCAGUAUGUUUGCUGUAAAUCAUGAAGAAAAAUUUAUUGACAUGUUUGAUAUUUUUUUUUUUUUCGAGAGAAAGACAAAUUCCUGAAGGCAGCAUCACUUGACGAACAAAAAGAGAAGAAAUGUGUUAUUUCCCUAAAAAAUGUGAGAUUAGAGAUGAACUCAGUUUACAUACAUUGAUGCAAAUUCUUUCAUAUAUAUAUAUUUUUAAUGUACAACUCUAAAGGUAUUUACAUUUCUGUAUUUUAAUUGACUAUGGUUUAUUCUCACUGUAAUUGACUGCACAACAGGAUAUUGAUAUUAGUGAUUGUUAAUGUGUAUUAUAAUGACAUUUGUUCUUGGUAAUGUAUGCACUUUAAUUUCUUGCAGUGUUUAAUUUCUUUUCACCCAUUUUAAAUUGUGAAUGCAGGUUUGACAGAACCACUUGAAAAUGUUGUAAAAAAGUUCUCUCAGCGGUAUUCGGUAUGUUCAAAUGUUGUGCAUUUUAAUGCAAUGUUUUAAAUGUUCAUAGUCAUUGAAAAUUUCAAAUAAAGUAUUAGCAGAUGAAA